AAAUAAAAGGCCAGUUUUCAUUCAGAAAUCAAUAUUGUUUUACUGUCGCACAAUCCUUGUGAAAGUAUUUACCAAAUUCUCCGUAUUUAACCCAAAUUUUUGUAACAACAAACACUCGCAAUGUCCCAGGAGGAAUUAAAGGCAAAUACCUUGAUAUGCAAUGGCGAGACACCAAUUGAAAGUAACACUGAAUCCAUUAUGAGCGUCGACAAAAAGCCCAAAGAUCUCAAUUGUCAGCGACUGGUGGACCUGGUGAACGAGCUCUACGAUCAGAAAAAGCAGCAUUGUAUGUCCUUAAAGGAGCAGCGCAGGAAGCUCCAAGAAUAUAUGAAUAUGAAUAUCAAUAUGCAGGACAGCGAUGAAAGCCAGGACGAGGAAGAGGAUGAGGACGAGGUUGGGGAGGAUGACAGCGAUUCUGAUUCCGAUUCGGAUUUUGAUAGCGAAUGCGACGAUGAAUCCGAUUCUGACGAAACGGAUGUAAGCAGUGUUGAGGAUGAUUCUGAUACGGAAACCAAUGAAGACGAGCAAGAGUCCUCCGAAAACGACAAUAUUGCCGUAAAUUUGAAGUCUAAUCCAUUUACUCCAGUAGCUUCUUCCGCGUUCAGAAAACCCAUUGUUGUCGUUCCCAAGGAUCACAAAAUAUAUCAGAGUGCUCCGAGUUCAGAGACGGCUUCCAAAGCGAAAAGUAGCAAAUGUCCUGCAAUUCAGAAUGUAGCUCCUAUGUCCUGUCCCGCGUCCUCUUCUCAAUCUACGCCCCGCAUCCAGCGGCGAACUACUUUGGCAAGCGGCUUGAGGAGGAAUUCGGUUGCCCGCUGAAACCAUCGUCAGGUCCUUUCCAAGGAGAGAAGAUGCAUAAUCCCACUCAGAAUCGAGGAGAGAUAGUGUCCUGUGGUGAAAGUCGCUAAUUAGGUACAAGUUCCUGGAACAUCUCAUCCUGUGUUGUAUUUGAUUUGUAUUUCUGCAACUCCUAAAUUUUUGUUCAACUUGUGACUUGUGUUAAAUUUUCCAAACAUUCCAACAAAAUUAAAUAAUUAUUGUCUUAAAUUAA